AUGGCAGGCUUGACAGAACAUUACCAAAAGCGCGAUGUGGAGGUGAACGAGAGUUCGGAUGAGAAACCCCACGAGUCCCAGGUCGAGAAGGCGCGCGCCCUCGCAGAUCUGCCCGAUCCCGAUGACGGCAAGACGCCGGAAGAGCGGGCCGCCAUUGACAAGGCGUUAAUGUGGAAAGUCGAUCUCUGGCUCGUCCCAUGGCUCUCCCUUCUCUACCUUCUUUCCUUCCUCGACCGAACCAACAUCGGAAAUGCCCGUCUCGCCGGCAUGGAAGCUGAUCUAGGAAUGGCACCCAGCGACUACAACCUCGCCCUCACCGUCUUCUUCAUCAGCUAUGCCGUCUUCGAGCCCGCCACCAACGCCCUCCUCAAGCGUCUCACCCCGCGCAUCUUCUUUACUGGUAUCAUCGUCGUCUGGGGCAUCAUCAUGACCCUCAUGGGUCUCUGCCACAACACCGCAGGCCUCCUCGCCGCCCGCUGGUUCCUCGGUAUUGCUGAAGCUGGUCUUUUCCCUGGUGUCAACUACUACCUCUCCUGCUGGUACAAGGGCUCAGAGAUCGGCGUACGCUCCGCCGUCUUCUUCUCCGCCGCCGCCCUGGCAGGCUCCUUCGGCGGCCUCCUCGCCGCCGCCAUCGCCAAGAUGGACGGCAUCGGCAACAAGCCCGGCUGGGCCUGGAUCUUCAUCAUCGAGGGUCUCGCCACCGUCUUCGUGGGUGUCUUCUGCUGGUGGAUGGUCUUCGACUGGCCCGAGAACGCCCGCUUCCUCACCCCCGAUGAGCGCAUCCGCGUCCAGCGCCGCCUACUCGCCGACAAGCAGGGCCGCACCGCCGAGGACUUUGACAAGCGCCAUAUGUACGCCGGCCUCAAGGACUGGAAGACCUACGGCUACAUGGUCAUCUACAUGGGCUGCCUUGUCCCGCUGUACGCCUUCUCGCUCUUCCUGCCCACGAUUCUUACCGGUAUGGGCCACGUCGGCACCAAGGCUCAGCUUCUCUCCGUGCCGCCGUAUGCCGUUGCUGCCGCGCUGACUGUCACUGUCGGUAUCAUUGCCGACAAGACGCGGUACAGAGGGUACUGCAACAUAGCGACCGUGACCAUCGGUAUUGUCGGCUUCGUGAUGCUCAUCUCGACGCAGAACCCGCAGGUCCAAUACGCCGGAACGUUCCUGGGCGCAGCAGGAAUCUACCCAACCAUCUCCAACACACUAUCUUGGGUCAUCAAUAACACUGAGGGAUCUCUCAAGCGCGCCUUCGUGCUGGGUAUGGUCGUCGGCUGGGGCAACCUCAACGGCGUCGUCUCCUCCAACAUUUACCUCAAGCGCGAGUCCCCCCGCUUCUACACCGGUCACAGCGUCGUUCUUGGAUAUCAGGUCCUCUUCCUGCUCGGCGGCUCCGUCUUCAUGCACUUUGCCCUGCGUCGGGAGAACUCCUCGCGCAGAGCAGGCAAGAUGGAUGCUAAGUGGGCGUCGAUGUCGGAUGAGGACAAGUGGGUUGCCGGCGACAAGCGACCUGAUUUCAUUUACACGCUCUAA